AUCGGAGCAGCGUACCAUUCAUCAUUUAAUCCGCAGGGCCUGAAGGUGCACAAGGUGCUGAAGUCCAAGAUCGAGGAUUUCUCUGGAAUGACGGCGGUAAACCCUGAGGGUGAGACCACGGAUCUUGAGGUGUUUGCGAAACAUAUCCAUGCGGACUCACUGAAGCAGGUCUGGAGAGGAAAGCCCAAGCAUAAACCUGAUAUGGCAGACGCACUGGCAAAUGGCGACUGGCUGACGGGAGGCAAGGAACUGGGCAAGAGUUUGGUCCGUGGGCUGGCAAAGACUUCCCGAGAGACGAAGAAUGCAUCUCAGUCUCUAAAGAAUAUAGCGGCCGGAAAAAAUCGCCAAUCGCUUUUAAUGCCUAAAGGAAAACUACCGAUUAUGUCCAAUAUGAAAGAAGGAUUCGUUACGGACGAAACAUUGGUUACCUCAACGCCUGUCGAUGGUUAUAGCACUAAGCUGGAAGAUGAAAGAAAUGACGACUACGAGACUGACGAGGCGCCGGCUUCAACCGUUAUUGGCGAAUCUACAACGAACAUGCAGGGAUCCGAGGAGGAGGCCCCAAUAACAUCCACAGCGGACGUGACACCUCAGUAUUCAUCCGUCGCAGCCUUCCCGUCUUUGGAUGCCCUCGCAUCCUUAUUCUCACUAAAACCUGAGCAACCCGGACCGCCAAAGAUCACGGAGUUUUAUUUAGACAAGGAUAGGAGGGGCAUUGCUGGGUCAUUGAAUCCCAGGAAGAGAUCCCAAUCCAUGAGCGGACUGGCAGGUCAGGAGCGACUUUUGGGAUGUCGGAUCGAGGCGGCACAGGGUAGUGGUGCGAUACCUGGAAUCAUUUGCAAUUCUCAAAGGAAAACUAUCAAGCACCCAGCGUACAGGAAACGGUCGCAGUCAUAUUCGUGCCUGGAAUGCAAAGAUGUCAGCGUUCGUCCGUUGAAAAGGUGAUGGAAAAAGAGUUUACUAGCCAGUUGGAAUCUCUUCAGACUAUACUUAAUGAGCGGGGACAGCAAUUUGAGGAGAUCGAUCGUGAAGCUGACGCGAUUUUGGAGGAGCGCAGGCGGCUGCUUGAAGAAGUCAAAGAAAAGGAGCACGCCACGCAGCGGUCUGUGUAUCAUCUGGAGGGCAUGGUCGGCAAGCU